UUGGCUCCUCAGCCUGUGGUGUCGGCUCCUCAGCCUGUGUUGUCGGCUCCCCAGCUUGUGACUGCUCCCCAGCCUGUGGUGUCGGCUCCCCAGCCUGUGACUGAUCCUCAGCCUGUGGUGUCAGCUCCCCAGCCUGUGACUGCUCCCCAGCCUGUGGUGUUGGCUCCUCAGCCUGUGGUGUCGGCUCCCCAGCCUGUGACUGCUCUUCAGCCUGUGGUGUCAGCACCCCAGCCUGUGACUGCUCCCCAGCCUGUGCUGUUGGCUCCCCAGCCUGUGACUGCUCCCCAGCCUGUGGUGUCUGCUCCCCAGCCUGUGACUGCUCCUCAGCCUGUGGUGUCAGCACCCCAGCCUGUGACUGCUCCCCAGCCUGUGCUCUUGGCUCCCCAGCCUGUGACUGCUCCCCAGCCUUUGUUGAUUCCCCAGAUUUUGUUGGCUACCCAACUUUUGUUUGCUCCCCGGGCAUCUUUGCAGCCCGCACCGUCUUUGCAGCCCAUUUUGUCUUCGCAGCUUGCACCAUCCUCGCAGCCCGCACUGUCCUCGCAGCCCGCGCCGUCUUUGCAGCCCCCGCCGUCUUCCCAGCCAGUGUCAGCUCCCCAGCCUCUGUCUUUCCCCAAGCCUUUGUUGGUUCUCCAGCCUUCCCCAGCUCCCCUACCUUCGCCAGCUCCCAAGCCUUCGCCAGCUCCCAAGUCUUCGCCAGAUUCUCAGCCGGUUCAGUGUGUAAAGGUGUCUGCUGUCUGGGAGUUUGUUGGAGUUGACAUAACAGGCCCAUGGCCAAAGACGGAGGAGGGUUUUGAGUUCAUCUUGACAGCCACGGACUAUUUUUCAAAGUGGGUGGAGGCUUUUCCUCUCAAAACCAAAUCCGUUGCCGAGGUGGGGCGACAUGUUUGCUCAAUGAUCUACCGACACGGUUGUCCCAGGCGAAUACUUUGCGACCAGGGAAAGCUAUUUGUCGAACAGCUCAAUGGCUGGAUGUGCAACGCUCUGGGGAUUGAAAGAAACUUGAUAACUGCAUAUGAUUCACAGAUCAACGGCCUGGAUGAGAGGACCAACGACAACAUCAAGCGAGUUAUCCGUAAAUUAGUGCAAAAGAAAGAAAACCAAUGGGACGCUGAUCUGGAAGCUACUUUAUUCUCUAUAAGAUCGAAGAUCCAAACCACAACAAAAUAUUCUCCAUUUCUUUUGAUGUACGGGAGGGAGGCGGUUUUCCCCUCCGAGGUUCCUGUCGACCUGCCGCUGCUUUCAACUAUCGUUCUCCCAGACGAGGACACGUAUUCUAAGUUUUUGGAGGAAAGGGAAGUGUCGAUGAAAAAAAUAAAAGAAGCAACGAUAAUAAACAUUGUCAAGGGGCAGAUAAAGCACAAGAUGAAUAAUGAGAAGAGAAUGCUGCUGAAGCGACAGAAGGUGUCAUCCAGCGCCGGCAAUGAGUAUACAACAUUUCCGCUCUCCUCCCAUGACAUUCCGGGGUCCCCUCAUUCUGUACACAUCCUUAUGGAAGGUUACUGCAAGGACAUGAGCAAUGACCGUUUCCAGGCUGACGGCUCGGUCACUCUCAUCCGUGGUCCUCUGACUGUACUGGUAGACACCGCCGGCCCCUGGUCCCGGGAUUUCCUCAUUUGUUCCCUGCAGAUCCAUGGAGUCUCCCCUGAGGACGUGACACAUGUGAUCUGCACACAUGGACAUUCUGAUCACGUGGGCAACUUGAAUCUGUUCACCAAGGCCGAGAUCCUGGUGUCUUAUGACCUGUGGAGAGACGGGUCCUACGUUUCCCAUGACUUUCGGAGUGGGGAACCCUACUUAUUACCUGGAGGAGAAGGGUUGAAGGUUGUGCCAACCCCAGGGCACACAGGAAGUGAUGUCACCCUCCUGGUCCCAGGGACCUCACUUGGCAUUGUGGCAAUUACUGGGGACUUGUUCGAAAGAGAAGGCGAUGAGGACACGUGGAGGAAUCUUAGUGAAAAUCCGGAAAUUCAGGAGAAAAGCCGGAGGAACAUUCUGGGGUUUGCAGAUGUCAUAGUACCAGGACAUGGUCCUCCAUUCAGAGUCAUCCGUAAUGGACAGGAACCCGAGGCAACAUGAACAUCGGCAGUCUAUAUUGGACCAUGAUGUCUUUUGGUCCAUACACAGUGAUAUUCCUUUAAAGGGGUUAUCCAAGAUUAAAUAGAACAUAGCUACUUUCUUCCAAAAACAGCACCACACCUGUCCUCAGGUUGUGUGUGGUAUUACAACUCGGCUCCAUCUUCUGGAAGAAAUCAGCUAUGCUUUCUGUGAUCCAGGAUAACCCCUUUAAUCCGUCAUUUGGUGAUCCAGAAUGAUGAGGGAGUUAGAAUAGUUCAGGUUUUCUCCCCUUACCACAGAGUUUUAUGGACUUUUCUGUGACUGUCCAGUAAGUUAAAGGAGAUUGUCCCCCAAGUUUACCAGACUCCCGAAUAGCAGAUCUGCCUAGUUAUGUAGAGGCAAUAUUGUCACAAAACUGGUCUGAAGCCAUUCACUACUCCAGGAUCUGAAAACAUAUCCCCUAUCCUAAGGAUAGACGAUGAGCAGGGCUCAAGUCCUGCAGGAACGCAUGGGAACUGAGUUCCUGCUCUUUUUCCACAGCAGGAACACUGUUUCCAUUAGCAGGAGCAGCCCUUGAGCUGGAAUCUUGGGUGAGUUCCCACACUUUUGUUCCCAGGACUUGACCCAUGGGGAUGAGUGUUCGAUCGCGGGGGGUCCGAUCGCUGGAACUCCUAAGGAUCUCCCUUACGGGGUCCCAGAAGUCCACUCAAAGGGUGUGUUCUGACCACUGCACG